AAACCAUGGCACCGAAAUUCAAAAAACAAAAAGCAACAUCAACACUGUCGCAAUUGCCAAUGGUGCACAAUAAACAAUCUGGAUCUGCACAAUGUAAAAUUGAUUUCAAGGCAAUUGAGAGAUUGUCGGAUAAUCGUGAAUCAUCUAUACCGGUUGUUCUUCCACCUGGAAUUAUAGUUAAAAAAAUCAGCACAUCAGUACCGGGAAUCGAAGAAACAUUCAACAGAGAAACAGUAUUGUCAUUUACGGGAUCACAACCAUCAACUGUAUUUCCCGGACAAGCAGUGCGCGUUGAAACCCAUGACAAAAGCGAAGAUACCAAAUGUAAUGCUUCUUCAUAUAACAAUCAGGACGCCCAACUACAAGAACUAGAUUCGUCUAUUCAGGAUAUUUCAAAUACAGCGGACAAUGAAGAUUUAUCAUCCAGUACUAUUGAGCGCCUCGUCAAGAUAGAAAAAAUGCUACAUGCGUCGAAUUUAUACCAUGCAACAAACAAGCGAUGCCUGUAUACACUCAUGAGAGAUAUGAAAAGUGUGAUAACCCACCUCGGCAAUGUUUCAAUUUCAACUGCGGGUAUCAAGAUGCCAGUUCUCAAUGAUGAAGAGUUGGCGAAUUUGGAAAAUUACUCGGAAACAGCUGAAGGAAAGGCAGUUUUGCGUCAACGAUUUGAAGGAGAGAACUCCGAAACUCUAUACAAUUAUUGCAGACAUUUCUCGGAGCAACUAUUUGAGCAUACGAGCUACCCGAGUAUAAUAGAAUAACAAACCGGAUGCAGAAAAAUAUUUUAUUUUGUUACAAGAAACAGAAAAAGAACUAGUUUUGGUUCCAAAUCCUGAAAAAAGUAGAAGGUAACAAAUUUUGAUAUACACUUGUUAUCAAUAAUCGGAAUGGUAAACAUACAAAUUUGCUACACAUUUGAUAGUUGCUAUCAACGGAAAAUAUAAAGAAAUAACUGAGUUCU